AUGCGCUUAAAGUAAGAGCAAUUAAACUACGAUGAUGAAGAGUUAGCUAGAGAAAAGGAAUAAAAUAAAGUAGCUAUAGUUAAAGCUCCUCUUAAACCUUGCAAAAGGAGGAGAAGAAAAAACAAAUAAAUAUAAUGGGUUCCUUUUUUAUUGAAAAAUAAUAUCAACUCUGAUUCAGAACCCGUUUACAUUUCUUUUUUCAAAAAAUUUAUGAGGAAAUAUGAUAACUAAUAUUAUAAUAAAUAUCGCAAUUAUGGGUUAAUUGAUGCAGGAUAUAUUACGAUAGAAUAGAUGACACUAGAUAAAAUAUAUGGAAAUUUAUUGGUUUAAAUUCGCAAUCAUUCUUCAGGAAUUAUCAACUUCUAACAUUUGAUUGACCUAUACAAAUCAUACUAAGAUCAGUAAUAUUACGAGCUAGCUAAUUUGCUAGACAUAUACUAGACCUACCAUAAAAAUUAGAUUAAACAUAUUCAAUACUAUCUAAACCAAGAGAUAUCUAAUAAUAAUAUAACCUAGGAAGAUAUUGAUGAAGUUUAUAAAAUAUUUCAGUAAGAUGCGAUAGACUGGGCUUAAUAAAAUUAUGAGAAUGAAAUAUACGAAAUGAGCUUAAUAUAUAUGAAUUUAGAGACUAAAACACCCGUUUUAAAGUAAAAAGUAUUUUCUAAAAACCUGAUUAUGUUUAUUACUAGGGAUUUUUAUAAUUUUUAUUCUAAACUAUCAUGCUAAAAUAUGAAAGAAAAUUUGUCUUUAAUAUUGCAUGGAGAUGAGUUUGAUGGAAGACUAUAGCUUGAAAAUAGAAUUAAAAUGAUGAAGUAAACAUUGAAUGGAGAAACUUGUAUUUAAGUAGAAGAUGAAAUAAUUACUGCUGAAGGAUAUAGCGAUUAAUUAAUAUGA